AUGCUGCACCGCUCGAGCCUGCCGCGCCUGGGCGCCGCCGUGCGCCGCCUGUCGACGCAGUCGCCGCCCAACUACCGGCGCAUGAUCCUCGAGUCGCGCGUGUACGACGUGGCGGAGCAGACGCCGCUGCAGGAGGCGCCGGCGCUGUCGCACGCGCUGCAGAAUCGCGUGCUGCUCAAGCGCGAGGACAUGCAGCCCGUCUUCAGCUUCAAGAUCCGCGGCGCGUACAACAAGAUGGCCAGCCUGUCGCCCGAGGAAAAGGCGGCCGGCUGCGUGUGCUGCUCGGCCGGCAACCACGCGCAGGGCGUGGCGCUGUCGGCCCGCAAGCUCGGCGUCCGCGCCAAGAUCGUCAUGCCGCUGGCCACGCCCGACAUCAAGGUCAACUCGGUGCGCCACCACGGCGGAGACUUCGUGGACAUUGUGCUGCACGGCAAGACGUUCGACGACGCGGCGGCGGAGGCGCGCAGACUGGUGCAGGAGGAGAAGCUCACGCUGAUCCUGCCCUUCGACGACCCGUACGUCAUCGCCGGACAGGGCACCGUGGGUAUGGAGAUUCUGCAGCAAACCAGCGGCUCUGGAGAGAAGCUGGACGCCAUCUUUGUGCCCUCUGGAGGUGGCGGCAUGCUCGCGGGUAUUGCAGCUUGGGUCAAGCAGAUCCGACCCAGUGUCAAGGUCAUUGGCGUUGAGGCGGCGGAUGCCGCCGGCAUGACGGCGUCGCUGGCGGCUGGAAAGGUGGUGGAGCUGGACCACGUGGGACUGUUCGCUGAUGGUGCGGCUGUGAAGCUGGUCGGGUCCGAGACGUUCCGCGUGUGCGCCGACUACGUGGACGAGAUGGUGACGGUCUCGACGGACGAGAUCUGCGCUGCUAUCAAGGCGGGCUUCAAUGACACUCGCACGAUCCUUGAGCCGGCAGGUGUGCUGUCGAUUGCUGGUAUGACGCAGUACGCCAAGACGCGCGGACUCUCGGGCUGCCAGUUUGUCGCUGUCACGUCCGGUGCGAACAUCGACUUCGCUCGUCUGCGCUUCGUGUCUGAGCGCGCGGACUCGCACGAGAGGCUUCUUGCUGUGGAGAUUGACGAGAACCCGGGCGCCUUCCUGCGACUGAACCGCCGGCUAGAUGCGGUGGGUGUCCGCAUCACCGAGUUCAGCUACCGCUACGCCGACGCAAAGAAGGCUCGCGUUCACCUGUCGUUCCACUCGCCCAGUGCUGAGCACGCGGCCGCUGCUAUCCGUGAGCUGCAGGAGGAGGAGUCUCCGUUGGGUUUCGCUCGCGGCGGUGCCUACCAGGUGCUCGAUCUCUCGGACAACGAGCUGGCCAAGGUGCACACGCGAUACCUCGCUGGCGGCCGAGCCCGUGGUGAUGUUAAGCAGAACGAGCGACUGUACCGCUUCGAGUUCCCAGACCGCCCACGCGCUCUGGCCACGUUCUUGGAGGCGCUGCAGAGCUCGUGGAACAUCAGUCUCUUCCAUUACCGCAACCACGGCGCCGAUGUCGGUCGGGUACUAGUGGGUUUCCAGGUUCCUGAGAAGGACCACGAGCGCUUCCAGACUUUCCUGAACCAGUUGGCCUACGUCUUCCACGAGGAAACGGAGAACGAGAUGUACCAGGAGUUCAUGCUCUAAAGCAAGGUUGUAUAAAGGAUUGCAUAGAGAAAUGAAGAGUGUGUUGUG